AACGAACAUUCACAGUCGACCCGCUCGUCGCACCAACAGGGACGCACACCACAUUUGCAGCUCUCGUCACACCGCCGCGUACGGUUUAUUAUUUUUAUUUUACACAUUAAAAAUAAUACAACAAUAUAUUCGUACGACUCGGCGUCGUGCGUCUAAGUCUUCGAGUGUGUUCGCAUACAGUACUUAUAAUAAUAAUAUAGAGUGUCAUUCGUCUGCGGAUUUAAAUCGCGGUUUGUGUACUCGCGUCGUCCGCUGCAGUGUGUUCGCCCGCAGGCACCGACAAUUCUAUCCGAUCGUCGGCCAAAUAAAGGUGCUGGUGUGCCAAUCAUCAUGAAUACGUCUUUCUUGCGGUUGCUGUGCACUCUCUUUGCACUAUCCCAUUAUGCAUCGGCUCAAAGUGGUUACAAUUACAACAAACCAUCAAAUCCCUUAAAUGGUCCUACUACGUCAAGACCAUACGGAAACGAUGGAUUAAUAGCUAAGCCAUCAGGCACUAGUUAUCCUACUUCAUUCCCUACAACAGUUUCAUCAUACCCAACUCAGGCUGACCAAUUUGGUUCUACUGGACCUACUGGUACACCCAGUUUUACUGGUGGAUAUGGUGGCCAAACAGCCUAUCCUACAUCUGCACCCCAAGAUUUCACUACUGCCAACUUCCCUAGUUCAACCGCACAACGACCUGGAAACUUUCCUACUGGUUCUGGUUCAUCGCCUGGCUAUGGCUCAUCUGGUGAUGGUUCUUCUGGAGCAAACACGAGACCAAGCUAUGGUCCAAGUGGAUCAGAAAGCUUAGGAGUUCCCCAAAGUGGUAAUGGAUAUGGUGUUGGAUCAGGAUCUGGUUUUGGAUCUGGAAGCUCAAGACCAAGUGGAUUUGGUGGAAGUUCCGGAACACCAAGUUCAACUGGUUUUGGAAGUGGAAGUGCACCUGGUAGUUAUGGAAGUGGUAACAAUGUUGGAACUACUGGAUUUGGAAGUGGUAAUGCCCCUGGUAGUUAUGGAAGUGGAAACAGUGUAGGAACUACUGGAUUUGGAAGUGGUAAUGCCCCUGGUAGUUAUGGAAGUGGAAACAGUGUAGGAACCACUGGAUUUGGAAGUGGAAGUGCCCCUGGUAGUUAUGGCAGUGGUAACAGUGUAGGAAGCACUGGAUUUGGAAGUGGAAGUGCACCUGGUAGUUAUGGAAGUGGAAACAAUGUUGGAACUACUGGAUUUGGAAGUGGCAAUGCCCCUGGAAGUUAUGGAAGUGGUAAUAAUGUAGGAAACACUGGAUUUGGAAGUGGUAAUGCCCCUGGUAGUUAUGGUAGUGGAAACAAUGUAGGAACUACUGGAUUUGGAAGUGGUAAUGCUCCGGGUUAUGGUGGUAGUAGUGGUUCUGUACAAGGAACAGGUUUUGGAAGCAACCCAGGAUCAAGUGGUUUUGGUAUAGGUAGUUCACCUGGCAAUUAUGGAAAUAACAACAUUGGUAGUGUUGGUACACAAGGACCAAACGGUUUUGGCAGUGGUAACAUUGGAUCCAAGCCAAGUUAUGGAGGUACUGGAAUUGGUGGACCUAGCAGUGUGGGUGGUGGAAGUGCUGGCGCGCAAGGACCUAGCAGUUUCUUUGGUGGAAACGCUGGUAGUCAAGGACCUAGCAGUUUCUUUGGCGGAAACGCUGGUAGUCAAGGACCUAGCAGUGUAGGUGGUGGAAGUGCCGGUGCACAAGGACCCAGCAGUUUCUUUGGCGGAAACAGUGGUAAUCAAGGACCUACUAGUUUUGGAAAUGGUUUUGGAUCUGGUAACUCGCCAGCUGGAAAUAACGAUGAUGGUUCUUACGAAGGUGGAGACUUCUCUGCUAUACCCGGAGAGCCAGGUACAGACUACCCAAUACUAUCCGAAAUACCAAAUACUUCAUUUACUUGUAACCAAAGAUUACCAGGAUACUAUGCUGACACCGAAACCAGAUGUCAAGUAUUCCAUAUAUGUUCUAAUGAUAUUAAAUACGAUUUCUUAUGUCCUAACGGAACAAUAUUCCAUCAACAGCACUUUGUAUGUGUCUGGUGGAACCAGUUUGAUUGUUCAACUGCUGAAAGUCUAUAUGGCUUGAACGCUAACAUUUAUGACUAUUCAAAAGUAGGUUCUCCGGGACAAUCAGGUCCACAAGGACCUAUCGCUAAUUACCCUGGUCAAGUUGGUCCAAAUGGACCAAUCGGUAACUUCCCAGCAAUUUCUGGUCCACAAGGUCCAGUUGCAAACUACCCAGGACAGUCAGGACCACAAGGACCAACCGCCAACUAUCCAGGACAAUCUGGUCCUCAAGGACCAAUUGCUAACUUCCCAGCAAUUUCUGGUCCACAAGGUCCAGUUGCAAACUACCCAGGACAGUCAGGACCACAAGGACCGACCGCUAACUAUCCAGGACAGUCUGGUCCACAAGGUCCAGUUGCAAACUACCCAGGACAGUUAGGACCACAGGGACCAACCGCUAACUAUCCAGGACAAUCUGGCCCACAAGGUCCAGUUGCAAACUAUCCAGGACAGUCAGGACCACAAGGACCAACCGCUAAUUAUCCAGGUCAAACUGGUCCCCAGGGUCCAACAGCCAACUACCCAGGACAGUCUGGUUCUCAAGGUCCAUCAUCCAACUACCCAGGACAAAUAGGAUCACAAGGUCCAACUGCCAACUACCCAGGACAGUCUGGCCCUCAAGGUCCAACUGCCAACUACCCAGGACAGUCUGGCCCUCAAGGUCCAACUGCCAACUACCCAGGACAGUCUGGCCCUCAAGGUCCAACUGCCAACUACCCAGGACAAUAUGGCCCUCAGGGUCCAACAGCUAACUACCCAGGUCAAUCGGGUCCUCAAGGUCCAUCUGCGAAUUACCCAGGUCAAUCAGGUCCACAAGGUCCAACUGCCAACUACCCAGGACAAUAUGGUCCUCAAGGUCCAACUGCCAACUACCCAGGACAAUCUGGUUCUCAAGGGCCAUCAGCCAACUAUCCAUCUCAGACAGGUGCGGUAUUCCCGAGCCAACGUCCAAGUAGCUACCCAGGUGCACAAUCUACACCAUCAUACCCAUCUACCGGUGUGAACAAUAACGGUCGACCAAGUUCUCAAGGUCCAUUUGGAAGUACAGGAACAACACCUUACCCCAGUCAAGGAAGUACUGUGGGAUCGUAUGGUCCAAGCUCAACUUUAUCAGGUGUAUCGCCGACUCCUGCAUCAUACCCAGGAUCAACCAUAUCUGAUGCGCAGUUUGUAAACUCUUACAAUAAGCCACCAGUACCAGACAGAGAAUACUUGCCACCGUAUAGAAAAUGAUGACCUAAGCUCAAAAUUGCCAUAAUUUAGUUUUACUAUCAAAUUUAUUACUUAGUGUUAAAUUUUUUUAUAUUAUUUUUAUUAUUGAACAUUAUUAAUAUCACAAUAGCUUGUUUCGCUUAUUUAAAGUCAAUUAUAUUAUAAAUAAUAAUCUAAAUACUAUAUAGAAGAGAAUAAUUUAAAAAUUCACCUAAUCGUUAUCUACGUAUUAAAUUAUGUAUAUAAAAUGAAUUAUUUGUAAUGAUCAUCUUUUUGCAAAUGUUAUUAAAUUAUGCAUCAAUAACAUAUUACAAUAUCAUACUCAUGAAUAACUACUUGUAAGGAGUGUUAUUACAAUAUUGCUUUAUAUUCAUCAAAAACCUUUAUACUUUUUUUUGCUUAUUUUUAUACUUUUGUACUACAUAUUAUAUAUAUAUUAUAUAUAAGUAAUCUAUUAAUCAUAUAUCGAAAACUGUGUUACCAUUACUAUAAGCGAUGUGAACAACAUUAUGUAAUAGAAUUGAUUUUUAGUUUACAAACAAA